AUGGAAAGUGAGUGUACAACAACGAUCUCAACCCCUCCUGAGGGUCUUAUCGAAGGGAGCCAGAAAACGCGUCACGGGAGGACUAGUGGCCCUGCAAGACGUUCCACUCGAGGUCAAUGGACAGCAGAAGAGGAUGAGAUCUUGAAAAAAGCCGUCCAUAAUUUUAAAGGGAAAAACUGGAAGAAGAUAGCUGAAUAUUUCAAGGAUCGAACUGAUGUCCAGUGCCUCCACAGGUGGCAGAAGGUCCUUAAUCCUGAACUUGUUAAAGGGCCGUGGACCAAGGAGGAAGAUGAAAUGAUCGUUCAGUUAAUCGAAAAAUAUGGGCCGAAGAAGUGGUCCACUAUUGCUCGGUUUUUACCUGGCCGUAUUGGAAAGCAAUGUAGAGAGAGGUGGCACAACCAUCUCAAUCCUGCCAUAAACAAGGAAGCUUGGACUCAAGAGGAAGAGCUGGUUCUGAUUCGGGCUCAUCAAGUAUACGGCAAUAGAUGGGCAGAGUUAACAAAGUUCUUGCCUGGAAGGUCGGAUAAUGGAAUAAAAAAUCACUGGCACAGUUCAGUAAAGAAGAAGCUUGAUUCCUAUAUGGCGUCUGGCCUUUUGGAUCAGUACCAAGCCAUGCCUCUAGCUCCUUACGAGAGAAGCUCCACGUUACAAUCUGCUUUUAUGCAGAGAACAAUAGAGGAGAAUGGCUGCCUGAGUGGACAGGGAGAGCAAGAAAUAGGAAACCAUCAGAAUUCAAGCAUGGCUGGCUGCUCACUAUCCGCAAGAGACUAUCCAACUGGAGUAGUAAACAUGGGGCAACAUUUCAAUGAGCAACCUGCAUAUCAUCCGGAUCAGUAUUUUUAUCCGCCAUUGGAAGAUAUCUCAGAAGGCUCUUAUGACAUGGACUGUUCACAGUUUCAUGAUCACAAUGUCUCAGCUUCGUCGAGCCAGGAUUACCAGUUUGAUUUUCAGGAUCUUUCGGAUAUUUCAUUGGAGAUGAGAUACAGUAUGUCGGAGGUACCGAUGCCGUACACGAAGGAAAGCAAGGAAUCUACUCUGGAGGCUUCAAACUCCACAUCAAAUGUAGAUGCGGCUGCUAACACCGAUCCAGCAAACGUUUUUACAUCUGAAACGGAAUGUUGCAGGGUCCUUUUCCCUGAUCAAGAGAGUGAAGCGCUCAGUGUUUCUAGAUCCGAGGUUGAUCCUGCUUCUUGUUCAUCAGCUUCAGACAGCCAGAUUUCAGAAGCUACAAAAUCUCCUAUGCAGAGCUCUUCUUCAAGGUUCAUUGCAACGGCCGCUUCAAGCAAAGAAACUCUUCGGCCAGCUCCCUUAAUCAUAUCACCUGAUAAGUAUGGCAAGAAGUCAUCUGGAUUGAUAUGUCAUCCCUUUGAGGCAGCACCAAACUGCAGAACAAAUGAAAAUGGGAGCUUCAUAUGCAUCGGUGAUCCCUCAAGCUCCACUUGUGUUGAUUCUAAUAACUCCAGCGAAGAUCAACCAUAUCAUGUGAAUGAUCCCAUAAAGUUGGUUCCAGUGAACGAUUUUGCUUCUCUGGCAGAAGUUAAGCCACACUCUCUUUUUAAGCAUGAGCCAGACAUGCCAAGGGAGCAGCAUCAUGAGGAUAUGGGAGCAUCAUCAAGUCUCGGUUUUCCAAGCUUGGACCUACCAGUUUUCAACUGUGAUAUGUUACAAUCGAAAAACGAUCCGCUGCACGAUUAUAGCCCUCUUGGCAUACGGAAGCUACUGAUGUCCACCAUGACGUGCAUAAGUCCACUUAGGCUGUGGGAAUCUCCCACUGGUAAAAAGACGCUGGUUGGUGCACAGUCAAUCCUGAGGAAACGGACCCGUGAUCUGCUGACACCGCUCUCUGAGAAAAGAUGUGAUAAGAAGCUUGAAACUGAAAUAGCAGCAAGUCUGGCGAAAGAUUUUUCACGUCUAGAUGUGAUGUUUGAUGAGAGUGAAAACCACUAUCAAAUCUUGAAUGGAGAAGGUGGAGAGAAUUGGAACGGUAAGCCUUCUUCACUCUCUUGUCACAAAGUGCCAGAAAAAACUAUGCCUGUCAGAAAAUCACUUGAAAAAGCAGUGCAAACUUGCAUAGAGGCAAAUGUCAAGGAAAAGGAUGAUUCUGCACUUUUUGUUGAAAACGCUGAAACUUUCUCUGGUGUACUUUCUGAGAACAAUACCAACAAGCCAGUUCUGUUAUCUCCUGGUAAAUCAGUAACCAAAGCAGAGAAGGCACAAGUUUCAACCCCAAGAAAUCAUUUGCAGAGAACUCUGGUGGCUACUUCUAACAAAGAACAACAUUCUCCUGCAAGUCUUUGUUUGGUCAUCAAUUCACCUUCUCGUGCGAGAAACCCUGAGGGCCAUCUUGUUGACAGCGAGACAGGCAAUGAGAAUUUCAGCAUAUUCUGUGGAACUCCAUUCAAGAGAGGUCUUGAAUCGCCCUCAGCCUGGAAGUCUCCGUUUUACAUAAACUCUCUCUUGUCCAGCCCAAGGUUUGACACCGAUAUAACUAUCGAGGACAUGGGCUACAUAUUCAGCCCUGGGGAGAGAAGCUACGAGAGCAUAGGAGUGAUGACACAGAGAAAUGAGCAUACAAAUGCAUUUGCAGCAUUCGAUGCAAUGGAAAUUUCACUGUCUUCAAGUAUUGAUGAUGCAAGGAAGAAGAAGGAAUUGGAUAAAGAGAAUAAUGAUCCUCUACUGGCGGAGCGUCGAGUGCUGGACUUCAAUGAUUGCGAGUCUCCAACCAAAAGUUAA